GGGCAUUCACUCUUGAGACAGACACAGAGGUGACCAGCCAAGCACAGCAGACACGAGCCUGAGAACGGAGUCAGUGAGGCAGAGUGAAGUUAGAAAGAUAAGAUUGGAAUCUGAAUCUGAAUAUCUGUGUAAGUCUGUAUAGGCCUGUGUAUGUGUACCUGAAGUGAUUUUAACAUAGUAUAGGUAGUGUUUGAAGGGAAAAACACCAGUAUGCUGGGCAGAGGACUAAGCUGUGUGUUUGCCGUGGCUCUUGGGUUGGCACUUGGGCUCAGCGUCACCGGAGCUGAGACCCUAACGGAGCGCGCUCUUCGACUGAUGGCCGAGACUCCACUCAUAGAUGGUCACAAUGACCUUCCCUGGCAGAUGAGGAAACAAUUCAACAACCAACUAAACCUUGUAGACCUGAAAGUCCUGGAGGGCACACACACCAACAUUCCCAAAAUCAAGAAAGGACGACUGGCUGCACAGUUCUGGGCUGCCUACGUACCCUGUGAAACACAAUACAAAGAUGCUGUUCGACAAACACUGGAACAAAUUGAUGUCAUCCACAGAAUGUGCAGCAAAUACCCCGACAACUUCAUGUUUGCCACCAGCAGUGAAGAUAUCAUGACAGCCUUUAAUCAGAGUAAGACAGCCAGUCUGAUUGGCGUUGAAGGAGGCCACUCGAUCGACAGCAGCCUGGGAACUCUCCGUACCAUGUAUCAGCUGGGGGUCCGCUACCUCACCCUCACCCACAGCUGCAACACGCCCUGGGCUGACAACUGGCUGGUGGACACUGGAAGUGACCCUAUGGAGCACAAUGGCCUGUCUCCAUUCGGCAAGUCACUGAUUAAGGAGAUGAACCGUAUCGGGAUGCUGAUAGACUUGGCCCAUGUCUCAGAGGCGGUCAUGAACCAAGUCCUGGACAUCUCCACAGCCCCGGUUAUCUUCAGCCACUCCUCUGCUUACGCUGUGUGCGCCCAUAAGAGAAAUGUUCCGGACAGCGUGCUCAGGAGGGUGCAAGAAAAACAGGGGAUUGUAAUGGUGAACUUCUACAAUGAUUACGUUACCUGCAGUAAAACAGCUAACAUAAGCGAUGUCGCCGACCAUUUUGACCACAUAAAAAAGGUGGCUGGCAGUUCUAUCAUUGGUUUUGGAGGGGACUAUGAUGGUGUGACUAGGGUCCCUGAGGGGCUGGAGGACGUGUCUAAGUACCCCGCCUUGGUGGAGGAGCUCCUGAGACGAGGCUGGAUGGACAGCGAGGUGAAAGAUGCACUUGGGCGAAACCUGCUAAGAGUAUUUAAGAAGGUGGAGGAGGUGCGUGAUGGUUUGAAGAGCGAACUGCCAGGUGACACUCCCAUCCCACUCGAUGAGGUGAAGAACCCCUGCAGGACGGACUACGGUUACCCCACCCCCACAGACAACGCAGGCCCACGGCUUGCCCACACUCCCUCAGCCCUGGUUCUGUCUCUGCUGCUGCUCACCGCUCUGCUGGCCAAGUCAGUCUGAGCCACUCACCGACCCCCCACCCCCACGCCCGCCCUACGCCUAGUGAAUCUUGAAAGUGGCAACUUUUAUCUCUUAGAUGACUCAGGCUUUCGGACCAAUGAUCUGGUUAUUUACGUAAGCAGGAGGAACUGUUUUGCUGCCUGACUUGACUCAUCUUCAUUUAAUUAUGACAUUUUGUAUGUUUUUAUCCCAUUCUACCACAGUUUGUCAAUUAUAAUAUACUGUACUUUUGCUUCUUUCAAAUUCCAGCUAAUAGCACAAAAAAUAAACCAUGCGAUGCUUUCUACA